AUUAUUUUAAAUUGCAAAAGUUUUACUUCAAUCGCGCGUAAUGGUUACACGCACACACUUUUUUAAAGCUUUAUUAAUGUAAAAAUCUUACUUACACACUUAAAAACUUACAUAAAAAAGACUAAUUUUAGAUUUUUUGGGAGAGUCCUCCAAAACUCUAAUACUUUUACCUUCUGUGUACAUAUUUGUCAUGUCAUCUUUGAUCUUCGUGCUCUGUGGACUGUGCUUGUCACUCGGCAAGUGGUUAGUGGCAACACAACUCGUACAAAUUUUUACUUUCUGCUCAAUUUCUUCGUGGUAAAAUCUUAAUGAAUAGUUCGAAACUUUAACGAAAGUUAGCUAGAUUUUUAUCCUUAAGUUACUAAUAUAUAAAAUAAAAGUUAGAAGUAUUUUAAAAUUAUAUGAUACGAUUUAGUAAAUUCGUGUCCCAAUGUGUGAUUAGUACUUUAAAAGUGAAGAUAACAAUAUAAUAUUAUCUUGAUUUCAAUUCUGAAAUCGUCUAAGAUAUCAGCUGCCAAUCUAUUAAAUUAGAUUAAUAGAGGACUGUCAAGUCAGUUCUAGCGAUAUUCUGCUAGAGCCGCAACCCAGGCAGCGGUGAUGUGGCGAUGGCCAGCCGGCGCGUGACGCGCAAGUGGGAAGUGUUCGCGGGCCGCAACCGAUUCUGGUGCGACGGCAGGCUUAUGACCGCUCCCCAUCCCGGCGUCUUCUUACUCACGCUGGCCCUCAUCUGCGGCACUUGUGCGCUGCACUUCGCGUUCGAUUGCCCGUUCCUUGCGGUCCGCGUGUCCGCCGCCGUGCCGGCCGCCGGCGCCGCUCUGGCCGCGACCACGCUGGCCGCGCUGUUGCGCACGGCCCUGUCCGACCCGGGCAUAAUCCCGCGGGCGCCGCCCCACGAGGCCGAGGCGGCCGGCGCCGCGGAGGCCGAGGCGGGAGGUCGGCCGCCUCCGCGUGCUCGCGAGGUCCUCGUGCGGGGUCGCCCCGUCAAGCUCAAGUACUGCUUCACGUGCAAGAUGUUUCGCCCGCCGCGCGCGUCGCACUGCUCGCUGUGCGACAACUGCGUCGAGCGCUUCGACCACCACUGCCCGUGGGUGGGCAACUGCGUCGGCCGCCGCAACUACCGCUACUUCUACCUGUUCGUCGUGUCGCUGUCGUUCCUGUGCGUGUGGGUGUUCGCGUGCGCGGUGGCGCAUCUGGCGCUGCUGGCGCGGGGCGCGGGCGGCGCGGCGGCGGCGCUCCGCCAGAGUCCGGCGUCGGCGUUGGCGGCCGCCGUCUGCUUCCUGUCCGUGUGGUCGGUGCUGGGGCUGGCCGGCUUCCACACGUACCUCGCCUCCGCGGACCGGACCACCAACGAGGACAUCAAGGGCUCGUUCUCUUCGCGUCGCGGCGUCCAGAACCCGAACCCGUACUCGCGGGCCAACGCCUGCGCCAACUGCUGGCACGUGCUGUGCGGCCCUCUCGCGCCCAGCCUCAUAGACCGACGCGGCGUAGUCCCGCCCGACGGCCACGACCUGCCGCCGACCUUCGCGGCGGCGUCGCGUCCGCCGCCCGCCGCUUUCGUCGUCUCGCCCGUCGCGCCGCUCCCCGCGCCGAUCUCGGCGCCGCCGAGACCCCGAGACGCGGCCCGCGCGCUCCAGGCGACGCCGCCGGAGGCGAAAGGUUCGUCGUCGGGCAGCUACACGAACCUGUUCGCGCUGGGCGAGGAGGCGAGACACGCCUACACGAACCGCUCGCUGGAGGCGGGCGACACGGGCGCGGGGGGCGCGGGGAGCGAGGCGAGCGAGGCGGGGCUGAGCGCGUCCCGCCUGCGGCUGCUGCUGCACACCACGAUGAUCGACGCCGCCCUGGACCUGGACGACCCCGACCCUCCGCCGCCGCACCUCGCGCUCGCCCCGUGACCGCCGCCGCCGCCCUCUGUACAUAUUCCGCACCCCAAUAAACUGUUUAUUUUAAAUCGGCGUUUCAUUCAGAAAUUUGAUAAGAUGAAUAAAAGACAGGACUCAAUUAUUGCGUCCGUUUUCACCUAUUUAUUUAUUAUUGUACACGCUAGAGAUCGGUAUACACACAUAAUAAUAUGUUCUUUUUGUAAUGUAGAUAUAUAUUGUGUAUAUUGUGCGAGCCAAGGCUCAUUUGCAAAACGACGUUUUAAAUGACAACCGCGUCAGCCAUGUCAGCGGUCGGUCAACGUUCAAAUGAAAUCUAGUGGUUCAUGAAUUUACGUAACGGGAUAUCAUCCUUUAAGUUGAAGGCGUGACUCCGACCGGCACCUCCUGCAUUAGGAAAUCAAUUUAGAUGACAUAAACGGCUCUACUUCGAUUACGCAGCCGAGUAAGAAUUUGAUUUCAUAAUAUUUUGUAUUAUUUUUCUGUUGGUGAAAUGAAGUAAUGAACAUCUUAUGUGAUUCUUUAUUCGUCCAUCUAUAGUUUACGACUGCAUCUAAAAUUGUAAAACGCGCAAAAAGGCGUAAAACCUUCCCGGAAACAGCAGUAACCAAAUUCAGAUUUCAUUUGAACAUUGACCAUUUGCUGACAUGACUCACGUGGCUGUUCUAUACUUUAAUAGGUGAAGAUGCGAUACACCGAAAGCUCAUAACUAUAAUACGAUGUAUGUGUGAAUAGGCGUAAGUAGUAUUUUAGAUAUUGUUUUAUAAUAAUAAAUCGGAUUUGUAUAUUG